UGGCGGGACGCAUUACUAAGGCGACGGGCUGGACGCCUCCCCGCUUCGGGAUGAAUUAGCGGCGGGUUCUGCUAGCAGGUUGUGACCCCCCCUCCCCGGUGAAGUCGCAGUCUCUCUCUCUCUCCAGGGUCCCCGCAACGUCGCGCGUUUCCCCCCGGCGUGGCCCAGGUGCGCGGCCCGCGGUGUCAGAAUCAUGGUGUCAUGGAAGGGGAUUUAUUUUAUACUCUUCCUGUUUGCGGGAAGCUUUUUUGGAAGUAUUUUUAUGCUGGGUCCCAUUAUUCCUUUGAUGUUUAUAAGCCUGUCAUGGUAUCGCUGGAUCAGCAGCCGCCUUGUGGCUACGUGGCUCACGCUUCCUGUGGCGUUGUUGGAGACCAUGUUUGGUGUAAAAGUGGUUAUCACAGGGGAUGCGUUUGUACCUGGAGAAAGGAGCGUCAUCAUCAUGAACCAUCGGACAAGAGUAGACUGGAUGUUCCUGUGGAAUUGUCUAAUGAGAUACAGCUACCUCAGAUUGGAGAAAAUUUGCCUCAAAUCCAGUCUCAAAAGUGUUCCUGGAUUUGGCUGGGCCAUGCAAGCUGCUGCCUUCAUCUUCAUCCAUAGGAAGUGGAAGGACGAUAAGAACCAUUUUGAAGACAUGAUUGAUUAUUUCUGUGACAUCCGUGAACCACUACAACUUCUCAUCUUUCCAGAAGGAACUGACCUCACAGAAAAUAACAAGGCUCGGAGUAAUGAUUUUGCUGAGAAGAAUGGACUUCAAAAAUAUGAAUACGUCUUACAUCCAAGAACUACUGGAUUUACUUUUGUGGUGGACCGUCUAAGAGAAGGUAAGAACCUCGAUGCUGUCCAUGACAUCACUGUGGCAUACCCUUACAACAUUCCUCAGACCGAGAAACACCUCCUGCUUGGAGACUUCCCCAAGGAGAUCCACUUCCACGUCCAGAGGUAUCCGGUCGACACCCUUCCCACAUCCAAGGAGGACCUUCAGCUCUGGUGUCACAAGAGGUGGGAAGAGAAGGAAGAGAGGCUGCGGUCCUUCUACCAAGGAGAAAAAAACUUCCACUUUACCGGGCAGAGCACAGUGCCACCUUGCAAGUCUGAGCUCCGAGUCCUGGUGGUCAAGCUGCUCUCCAUCCUGUACUGGACCGCGUUCUGCUCUGCAGCGUGCCUGCUCGUGUAUUUGUACAGUCUUGUUUGGUGGUAUUUCAUAACCAGCAUCGUGUUUUUCGUGCUGCAGGAGAGAAUAUUUGGUGGACUGGAAAUCAUUGAACUUGCAUGUUACCGCUUUUUCCACAAGCGCACACAUUUAAAUUCAAAGAGAAACAAGUAAGCCGGUCACAUCCGCCAUAUAAAACCCUAGGGGCGUUAUGGAAAUGCCACAGCCUUUGUAAACGGAGAUGAGUUCUGCAUGACUAUGUCAAAUGUUCUUACUAUCAUCAUUCUUUGUUAAGGAUAUUUUGCACUUAAUUUUGUGGGGGAAAUAUUGCUACAGUUUCUUUAAAACCUCUGAAUGUAAUUCCAAUGCUGCAUCUGUAGCAGGGUCAAUCGCUGUGAAUAACUUGGGCCAGAAUAUUAGCAACAAUCAGCAAGCUGUUGAGACAAGAUGGCAAGCUUUUCUGAAAGGGUCAACCCGCUUCUGACAGGCUGCCAGCCCAGAGACAGGCCUGGCACCGUGAACACAGGCUCCUGCACAUGGAGGCAGGUGGUAGCCUGGCUUCCCCAUAGGGCACGGUCUUUAUCCUUUUCCAGCAGUCAAACCCCAAACUGAAAUUGUCUUGUCCUAAACUGAUCACCAUUUCGUAGGGAGCCCUCCAUCGCUCAUGCUCUUCAUCUUUAGUGUGAUCGAUACAUGUCAAGAUGUGGUAGAAGAACAUUCUGGUAUUUCAGACACAAACUGUCUUAUGAAAUACUUUUUUAGAACCUACACACAAUGGAAGGCAGGUAUGUCCUGUGCAUGGAGGGUGUCCACCUUCCAUUUUUGGACACCCUCCAUGCACAGGACAUAAAUGCCCGCAGACAGGAUGGCAUAGCCAAAGCCCCCAAACUUUGAUCAACUUUACUCUUAAAACCAAAAAUGCCAACCCAGAAUGAGCCCUUUCAAUGACAGCAAGGACUUCCUCUCUAAUUCUCAACAGUAACAUUUAAAGCCACACUGACCGACUUUGUCACAUCGUCCUGUCAUCUGGAAGCAGAGAAGACCCAGCAGACCCGUAGCACCAGUGCCCUGGGUGAGAGAAGCAUGUGGCCAUUGUUUCCACCGAGCUGCAUGGUCCUGGCUUUUGUGGUGGGGGGGCACAGAGGCACAUAAAAUUGUUCAGCUGUUAGCAAACCUGUCACCCCAGCCCCGGGCAGUCCGAACAGCUGUCACUGCCCUGUGUCCUCAGACAGGAAUUCGCCUUCCUGCUCAGUUUACCAAGCACGUUCUCGAGGAAGCCCCGGUGGGGACAGAACACCGUUAGCACAUCAUGUUUGUUGGGUUCUUUUGGAGCUUGUGUGUGUGUGUCUGUGGGAGUGUUGAGUGGCGCCUCUCCUGAAACACACCAACCCGUGGUUAACCGCUCCCCCGGAGCUCAUUUGAAUCCUGCCCGGGGCUCACUAAUUAGUUCCUGGACACAUCUGCGCUCAGCACAGCUGUUCGACUUUAUAGUUUCUAAGGGUAAAAACGCACAAAAAAGAACUUUUUUUUUCCCUUUCUCUUAAUGAGAAAGACUUCUACUUUUAAGUUUUUAUGCGACUUCCACGGAUCACAUGUAAACAUGUUAAUUUAAUUGUCAGCUAACAAUUAAAAUUACAUUUGUUCCCCCAGAUAAAAGAGCAAAGCUGUUCUCUAUGCCCACAGUACCUGGGGUCAGGCAGCCGUGAUGUCCAUCUCAUCGUGUGCCCCCAAACUCUUUACCUCUGUUCUCCCUUAAAUGGGAAGAUCUUCCUCCUCGUUUGAUCAUAGAAAACAUGCUUAAGGUAGAAAAUACCAUAACUUUAUCAUCUACCCCAAAUUCAUAAUUCUGAGUAUGACAUUAAAACUAAAGAGAUUGCUUUAAGAGAUUUUUCUCCAACAAGAAAAUACCCUUUUAAAUAAAAGUUUUUAAAUUAUAAUUAUUUGUUCUUACCUAUUUAGCUAUGUUAAAACCUUUUAUUUAACUUAAAAAUAUAUAUACAUAUCUGUGUAUAUAUACAUAUAUAUAAUGAUUUUGAGCCUAGAACUGCUUUAAAUCAAUCCUUGAUGGUUGUCAGUCAGAGCUUCUAGCAGCUGGAAGCCCUGCUAUGGCAGAACCCGCCCCCUGCUCCCUGUGAUGGUGAGCCUAAGGGACCGAAAUGCUCACAGCACUAGUUGACCCCAUUCUGAGAGAUUUUUAAGUACAGUUGCUGUGGGUUAUUUAUGAUGUAAACCAUUUCACUUUAAAAUAUGAACCAAUAAAAAAACGGGAGCUGGCUAGGUGAUGAGUUCCCACACUAGGUCUCUUUGAAAUAAGUCCAAGGAAUCCUGACCCUUAAUCAGGCAACAUGAGAGAAGGUUGAAAAUGAAAUGAGUAAACACCCGAAAGAACUCAUCACUUAAGACUCACUAACAUCCUGCCUCUGUGUGCUCUCAGAACAUACACAAGGAAGAAUCAGCAUCUCCCACUCAUGUGCUCUGAUGGUGGUCACUCCACAUGUAGACCAGAUAUUGGUAGCCACGCCUGAGUUCUGCAGACAGACAGAUUCCCAUUUCACCGGCUCUCAAGCUCUGGCCCAACAGAGAUGCUCCAGUCCAGUCACCAUAAAGACUAGUGGCGGGGGAGCCUGUUGGCGUUAAAUUGUUUACAUUUCUUUAUAUAAAAUAAUGUGCUUUCGGUGCCUUAGUUACAGGUCCCUUUCUUUUCCUGUUCCAAGAAUUCUAUAACGUGUUAUUAGAUAAAGUCUCUCCUUGUUCCUCACUAGGAGGAAACAUGGAUUCUCCAUCCUGGUCCCCGGCUGCCAGAAACAAAACACUACAUUGUAUCUUGGAGAAGAGCACUGGGUGCUGAGCUAGCGGCUGCCUUGGAGUUCUUAACCAUAGAAGAUGAAAAAGGCUUGGCCGAGCAGUGAACUUCAGACCAGAUAAGGCUCUAAAGGUGUCUCGUACCUACCUUAAAUUUUCGUUUCAGAGUCUUGGUUUUGGUACCUAGUUUUUUUAAAAAGAUGAUUAUAUGGAGAAUACCAGGUUUGCAAACACAACUCACAGAAUGGCCUUAGUGUUCAGUGUCCACUGGAAUGCUUGUGAGGUGUUGUCUGUAAACUGCAUCCAGAAUAAAGUGGGGUGAACGACA